CAGUCCAGAAGAGCUGGUAGUGAGCAGAUGCUGGUUGAAGUUGCAAUGUGUUUAAUCUCCCACAAGAUGGGUGGAGGUAGCUGCUGCUGAGGGGGACAGCGCUCUGUCAUUUUAAAAUAAAUCCCACCACAGUUAAUUGGAAAAUAUAUAGGCAUUGCUUUCAGAACAAAGGCUGGGAAAAGAAUGACGGUAGCGAAUAGCGGUGACAGCGAGAAGAGAAGCUUGGUCAAUGCCGACAUGGAGAGAGAUCAGGAGAUGUUUCCGGACGCUGCAGACGGCUGCUGUUCCGGCACCAACGGGGAGCUGCAGCCUGAGACACCGAUGGAGGCCGAGUCUCCGGCCGGGGAGGCUCCAAGCGGCUCCGGCCAGCAAGUCCACCUGCACUCCCAUCUGGACGACCUGCCCACCUCCACCAUCGCUUGCAACGUGGACGAGCGGGUGUUCGUGGACGCCUUGUACCGGGAUGACUUUGAGACACUAUUCAGAGCCUAUGACAAGAAUGUGACCUUUCAGUUUUUUAAGAGCUUCAGGCGUGUACGGAUCAACUUCAGCAACCCCCUUGCAGCAACUGAGGCCAGAAUUCAACUUCAUGAAACAGAGUUUAAUGGGAAGAAAAUGAAACUGUACUUUGCACAGAUCCAGAACAAGUCUUUCAGUAAAGGUAGCCCACACCUGGCUCCACCACAUCCAGAAAAGCAGUUCCUCAUCUCUCCACCAGCAUCGCCUCCUGUUGGCUGGAAACAAGCUGAAGAUGCCACUCCGGUUAUAAACUAUGACCUGCUGUAUGCAAUAUCUAAGCUGGGCCCAGGAGAGAAAUACGAAUUGCAUGCAGGUACUGAGACCACUCCCAGUGUCGUCGUUCAUGUCUGUGAAAGUGACCCAGAACUGGAACAGGAGCAAGAGGAGGAAGAAGGCAGAAAUCGACCUAAACCAAAAAUCAUUCAGACAAGACGGCCAGACUACACUGCCAGCCAUUCUAAGCAAAAGUGAAUUUGACCACUUUUUUUUUUGUGCGCUUGGACUCCUCAUGUAGAGAGCGAUCACACUACUGAGUUAUAAUGCGGAUACUGGACAGAAAGCAAUGUAACUAGUGAGAAUGAUUGAGUUCCCAAACAUACAACUGUAUGCUUACUGAUAGGCAGAAAUAAUAUGGGAAAUUUGUACUGUAUAAAUUCUGUUAUGUUUUCUGCUGCAAGCCUGCACAUAAUUUGCUAAGGCAUUAAAUAAGGACAGCUGGAGAGAGCAGCAGAAUGGUUAUGGUCCACAUGAAAAUGUUGUGGCUGUGGUUGGCACUGAACAAUUUUUGUUGUCUGUCCUAUCAUUUUGGUGUCUUCGAAUGUUGGAAUGACUUGUCCCCUCCACGGUUUUACUUCAUUUGCAUAUUGUUGCAAAAUUGCAGUUAAUCAUGUGGUGUUUAGAGUGGCCUGCUAGAUAUUUGCAGUAGUCCUUACGAGCAGAGCCAGCAUGUUUGGAAUUUUGGCAUAUUCAAUACUUAAGCAGGGAGGUGAACUUAAUUGCAAAUAGUAGCUGUUGCACAUGUUAAUUCAACCACUUAUCAGGAUCAUUUUAAGUAUCUCUGACUUAUAGCAUUAUCUUUUAUCAAAUUGCAUCACAACGGGCGGGUGAGUUGAUGAUUGAUACACACCCUCUUGUGCUUUACCAUUGUGUAUCUUCUGCAACAUAGCUACCUAUCUCCUUGUGCUGAAACUAACCAUAUAUACUAAAGCACAGGCUAUCGUGUGGAAAUAUUAAAGAUUCAUUAUCCUGGUGGAUUUUUUUUUUAAUUUACUGGCACAAGUCAUGUGAGCUGUUACGAUUGCUUCACAGUGUAUCAUGCAUGACCAAUUCCACUUUAGAUUGUCCUUUUUUUAUUGUUUAAUGUUAGCGUUGAACAUAGAUACUUAAGCCCAUUGUAUUAUGUUUCUCCUGACUGGUUUACCUGCACAGUGAAGGACUGCAGUGCUGUGUGCUUUCAGAAUGAUUAACGUUCUUAAUUAUUUUAAUGGUUUUUUGAACUUCAUAAUCCAGAAUGAAGGCCAAAUCCUGAGGAUAGUCACUGUAUGGAAUGGAUUGAAUGGAUUGAAUUUCAAACCAAAAAAGCUCUGAGGGUGGUCAUUUUUUUUUCCCAAACCACCUACCAAUUUUAGUUUUGAGCAGGUUGGGAAUAAAAGGGGACUAGAUCAUAUGAAUUUAUGUAGAAAGCUAGAAAAGUAUUUAAAAGUAUGAGACUUGCUAUCUGGGAGGAAAAAGCAGCAGAAAUAAGACUUAUUAAGGCAAUUUGUUGUAACCAAUUCAAUUCCAUAUGUACCACUACAUUUUAACAUGUUAUCAUAGCCUGAAAUUUUGGUUACUUGAGCUAUCCAUUGAUUACUUGUUAAUGUGACUACCUUGAGUAAAUGUGGAAAGUACAAAUUUACUAAUUUGUGAUGUCUCGUCACAGUAUACCCAUCCUGUGUAAAAUGUUCAAACCUUUCAAGCUGUAUCUCUAGAAGUGUAAUAUCAGUAAACUAUUAAAUUAUUGGGAUUGUUCUGUACAUAUUGUUCAUAUUUGUACAGAUUGGAAUAAUUGGGCAAAU